AUGGAAGCAUUACUUUCUCUCUCUUUCGAUAAUCUUUCUUCAUAUGAUGCUUCCAAAAUUCGCAAAGGUCUCCGACAGGUCGAAGGACUAUUAGCACAAAUUUGUCUAUCCAAUUCUCCCAGAUCCAAUGUCGAUAAACGCCGUUCAGUGAUUGAUCCGGGAAAAGAACCUCCUCCACGAAAAGCUCUGAGUGAACUCCCUAAUGAUGCCGCGUUUCGAGAGUUCUUUCGAUUACAGGAGGGUUUCGAAUGGAAUGUUGCUAUGCGAUUGGUUACUUGCUUGGAUAGAUUGAUGGGAAAGACUAAUGAUGGACAAAGUGAUUUGUUAAUAAUUCAAACCUUGGAAUUGAUCCAGGGGGUUCUCUUGUUACAUCCUCCUUCCCGGAGUUUAUUCUCUAGAGAAUUAUACAUGAAUCAUCUUCUCGAUCUCCUCGAGCCAGUCAAUUGUCCCGCAAUCCAAUCUGCAACCCUUCUCACCCUCGUCUGUUCACUCAUUGACACCCCCAAAAACACUCGCACAUUCGAAACUCUCGAUGGUCUCUUAACCAUAACCUCCAUUUUCAAAUCCCGCGAAACAAGUCGCGAUGUAAAGCUCAAACUCGUCGAAUUUCUCUACUUCUACCUCAUGCCCGAAACCCCAUCACUACAGUCAUCAGGCUCAUCAAACUCCAUGGCAUUAAUGCAACGCAGCCCAAGCAAACUUCCCGUUGCAAUCAAUAGCCGAGAAGAGCCAGGCAGAAGAAGAGCACACAGCGAAAGCGAACAUACCAAAACACUAGAGGAAAAACAAGAACUGCUAGGGAGAUAUCUCCAUAAUGUCGAUGAUUUGGUAGCAGAUCUCCGAGAAAGUCAUCCUUUUGGAGGAAGUAUCGGGAGUUAA